CAUAGCAAAAAUGUAUGUAAAAGUUAAAAAAAUAAAAACCUGCAUCUUCCCUCCUCUGUCUCUCACUGUCUCUCUUUAAUUUUUAAUUUCGAAUUUAGUCAUCCAAUGAGUUAAGGAUUCCCUGCUGUGCUGUGGCUGUGGCUGUGGCGCUGUGAGUUUGUGCUUUCCCUCAUCCAUCCAUCCAUCCAUCCUCGCUCCUUACUGUCAAAUCUUUGUUUCUUAGCCUUUUCCUCUUCUAACCCUAACUUUCCCCUCUCUCUUCUCUUCUACAUUCCUUCUUUCAUUUCAUCAUAGCAUCGCAUUCUUCCGUUUUAGAUUUUCGAUAUGGUGGUUCAAUCGCCGCAUUCGCUCCAGAGUUCUGUCCCUACGCCUAAUAACGGAACCAAAAGGGUCCAGAUUCUGGUAAAAGAGAAUGGUUCGGCUGUCACGGACAACGUCGCCGGACAACGGAGAGCCAGUGCCAGAUUACAAGCCGCCAAACAGAAAGCUGAGAUGGAGCUUUUGGCAAAGCGGAAACUGGAGCUUCUGAAUGAAGAUGUUGGACGUAGCACCAAAAAAGUUAAUGUGGAUGCUGAAAAGCUAAAGCCAAAGCUACAACCUGCUCAAACCGUGAUCCAACAGCUUCCUGAGAUUUCAUCACUCCCUGCUGACCCUAAAAUCAACAAGAAAGUGGCGAAAAUGGUGGAACGAGCGGCCAAAAUUGCAGAGGGGCUUGACGGUACCAAUGCUCCCAAUGUUGCCGAGAAAAGUGCACAUAUGAAGGUCAAGGAGACUAUAAGGCUGUUCAACAAGCACUAUCUUCACUUUGUUCAGGAAGAGGAAAAGAGGUGCGGAGCAGCUAAAGUUGACAAGAAAGCCCUCAAGGCCAAGAAGAAGGCCAAUAGAGGAAGUGUUUCUGAGGCUGAUGUUAAGGCCAAAGCUAAGCGACCUGACUUGAAGGCAAUAUCGAAGAUGAUGGAGAGAAAUGAGGUGCUUUAUCCUGAGAAAAGGAUAGGUAGCAUUCCAGGCAUUGAUGUUGGUCAUCGGUUUUAUUCACGUGCUGAAAUGGUUGCGGUUGGUUUUCAUAGCCACUGGUUGAAUGGUAUUGAUUAUAUGGGACAGUCCUACAAGAAAGGGGAGUAUGAACACUAUAUAUUCCCGCUUGCAGUAGCUAUAGUUUUAUCUGGCAUGUAUGAGGAUGAUUUAGAUAAUGCUGAAGAUGUUGUUUACACUGGACAAGGAGGACAUGACCUAACUGGUAAUAAACGACAAAUUCGAGAUCAAGUUUUGGAACGUGGUAAUCUGGCACUGAAGAACUGUGUGGACCUUGGGGUGACUGUCAGAGUAGUUCGAGGUCAUGAAUGUGCUAAUAGUUACUCUGGGAAAGUUUAUACAUAUGAUGGAUUGUACAAGGUUGUUCACUACUGGGCAGAGAAGGGUAUUUCUGGGUUCACUGUUUUCAAAUAUAGAUUGAGGCGGCUUGAGGGGCAACCAACAUUGACAACUAGCCAGGUUCAUUUUACCUAUGGCCGUGUUCCCCAGUGUCCGUCAGAAAUUCGCGGGCUGGUGUGUGAGGACAUAAGUGGUGGUCAAGAAGUGGUUCCUAUUCCAGCUACUAAUUUGGUUGAUGAUCCACCUGUUGCACCAACAGGUUACCAGUAUAGCAAGUCAAUGAAAUUUGCACGAAAUAUAAAGCUUCCUGCUAAUGCUGCUGGAUGUGAUUGCAAGGGGCUUUGCUGGGAUCCCAAAACUUGUGCAUGUGCAAGGCUUAAUGGUUCUGAUUUUCCUUAUGUGCACCGUGAUGGUGGCAGGUUAAUUGAAGCCAAACAUGUUGUUUUUGAAUGUGGUCCAAAAUGUGGCUGUGAUCCAAGUUGUGUAAAUCGUACAUCUCAGAGAGGAUUGAAAUAUCGACUUGAGGUCUUCUGUACUCCGAAGAAAGGAUGGGCCGUUAGAUCUUGGGAUUUUAUACCUGCUGGUGCCCCUGUUUGUGAAUAUAUUGGAGUGCUCACGAGGACAGAAGAGCUGGAUAAUGUCUCUGAGAAUAAUUACAUUUUUGACAUUGAUUGCUUGCAAACUAUGAGGGGGCUCGGUGGCAGAGAGAGGCGGCAACUAGAUGCAUCCUUGCCAAUGAUCCAGAACAUGGACAAAAUUGACGAACAGAGAUCAGACAGUGUGCCAGAGUUCUGCAUUGAUGCUGCUUCUAUUGGAAAUGUUGCAAGAUUUAUCAAUCAUAGCUGUGAGCCUAACCUCUUUAUCCAGUGUGUCCUGAGUGCACAUCAAGAUAUUAAACUAGCUCGAGUAAUGCUCUUUGCAGCAGACAGCAUUCCUCCUUUGCAGGAGCUGACGUAUGACUAUGGGUAUGCCCUUGAUAGCGUUCAUGGUCCUGAUGGGAAGGUAAAAAAGAUGGCAUGCUACUGUGGAGCAGAAGGCUGCAGGAAGCGCCUAUUCUAGGUCCUGAAGUCGCUUUAAUUUCUAUCUGCCUGAUUUGUUCAUGUCAACUUUUCCUUACAAAUGAUGGGCAAACAUGUAGGUUUUGUUGCGUUUUGUAUAUGGCCAGCUGUUGCUGGUUGUUACAUCUGUCUUUUCUAUGUUGUUGCAAGUGUAGAAAUCUUGUAUCCUAUAUGAGGAAGUACAGUAUGUACUGAUUCUAAUAGGUCAGAGCUCAAGGGAAUUUUAAUGAAAAAAGAGAAAAAAAACAACUUUUUUUGCUCAA